GGAACUUAAAAUCAGCUGAUAGAACAAUGACAAUGCCAAACACAAUUGGGUGAUAAAGCAAUUUAUAUUUUUGUUUGAGCCGGUUAUAAUUCACAUUUUUUCUAUAGAUAAAAAUUUUUGGUGCACUUUUUUAUUGGAGCGCUUGUUACAGCAAUCGGGACUUACUACUACUACAACCACCACGUACAAGUAAAUAAAUAUAUCGUAAUCAGAAGUUAAACCAAAUAAUAACGACUUAACCGUUGGAAUCCUAUUAUUAUACAUCUGCAUAUAUCAAUAUUUAUGUAUGACAAAUUAACUAAAUCGGCAAUGCAAAUGAGCACAUACUUGUGUAAAUAUAUCUAGUUUAUGAGCAUGCAAACAAAAAGUGCUUAGUCAUUUUAUAUGACUACAUAUAAUAUACGAGUAUAUUUACUUUCAGCGAAUUCGGAAAAUCGAAGAUAUUUUAAAACGAAUACGAAGUUAUAUAACAAUAUGCUAGCAUAACAAAUUUUGUGUUGGAAGUAUACAUAAAGUAGCAAUGUCUUUUAAUCAAUUGCAAAGGAUUGGUCAAACAAUCGCUAAUAGCAGCGCCAUUUCUCUCAAGUUCUUGCGCUCUGCAAGACUACAACUGCAACAACAACCACUGCGUCAGAUGCAACGUUGUUACAGUCAGUUUUGUUUAAAUCCGCCAUCGAUAACACCAUUUAAUACAAGCACUUUGCCAAAAAAUAAUCGGCUAUGUGUAGUGUUGUUGCCGAUUUCUGGGGUCAGUUGCGCCGCUGCCUCACAACUUGCAAAAACCGAAAAUGCCCCGUCAUCGUCUACCGGUGGUGACCGUCCAAAAGUCGAUGAUUUACACAUAUUCAUACAUUGUUUGAAAUUUUUACUACUACUAUGACCAUCACCACGCGCUCUUAAAUACCCAGUAAACAAAAAGGAAAGAUAUUUCAUAUUCAAAAUUGACAAAAAUAAAGUGGAAAUAAUAUAAAAAUUUUAAACUAUUGACAGCUAUAACAUGUCAGGUCCAGAUCCUAAAACCGCCAAGACAAUUUACGAAUUCACCGUAAAAGACACGUAUGGCAAUGACGUGUCUUUGGACAAAUACAAGGGUAACGUUGUAUUGGUUGUGAACAUCGCAUCCCAAUGUGGCUUAACCAAAAACAAUUAUGCAAAACUAACCACUUUGUUGGAGAAAUAUGAAGAAAAGGGUUUGCGCAUUUUAAAUUUCCCCACCAAUCAGUUCAACUCACAGAUGCCGGAAGCGGAUGGUGAAGCAAUGGUGUGCCACUUGCGUGAUGCCAAAGCUAACAUUGGUGAUGUAUUUCAAAAGAUUGACGUAAACGGCUCUGGUGCAGCCCCAAUCUACCAAUUCUUGAAGCACAAGCAAAGCGGCACACUCGGUAGCUCCAUUAAGUGGAAUUUCACUAAAUUCCUUGUAAACAAGGAUGGUGUACCCGUGGACCGUUAUGCUCCCACAACCGAUCCAAUGGAUAUUGCGAAAGAUAUUGAAAAGUUACUCUAAAUUCAACUCGAUUGUAUUGAAAUUAAUCUUGAUUAUUAAUCAAACACAACUUAUUUAAAAUAAGUAAAAAUUAUGCAUUAAUCUACAUUUAUACUUUAUAACCAACGCAGACUUUUAGUUUUUGGUUAUGCUAUUUCUGCGCUAUAAUUGUUGUCUAAAGCACAGAUUUCAAAAAGUUUGUCAUUCACUUUUAUUUUCUUGAAAAAUAAAUUAUCCAAAAAAAGUAAACAAAA